GGAGGAGCGGCGCCCCUCCUCCUCCUCCUCCUCCUCCUCGGCCUCUGCCCGCCUUCUUUGCAGCAGCGCCACCGCUUCCCUUCGUCCAAGCGUGUGGAGGCAACCGGGACAGCCGCCGAGGAAGGACCGCGCUGCUCUUCUGGUAGCCGGGAGGGGAAGGUGGGCGCUCUCGGUCUCUCCACCGAGAGACACGAACUACCAGGGAGAGGCGCCCGCUGGAACGUGCGCGGCGAAGGACAGAAGCUCGGCUCCCCAUGCCGUGAACUUGCGCGGCUCCCAGGAGGCAGGAUCCGAGGAAGCGGCGGCUGUGUGGAAGAAAAUGUCAGUCAGCAUGCAUGAGAAUCGGAAGUCUAGAGCCAGCACUGGCUCUAUAAACAUAUAUUUAUUUCACAAAUCUUCAUAUGCUGAUAGUGUCCUCACUCAUCUGAAUCUUCUGCGUCAACAGCGUUUAUUUACAGAUGUACUCCUCCAUGCUGGAAACAAGUCAUUUCCUUGCCAUAGAGCUGUCCUAGCUGCCUGUAGCCGAUAUUUUGAAGCCAUGUUCAGUGGCGGUCUUAAAGAAAGCCAAGCCAGUGAAGUCAACUUCCACAAUUCCAUCCAUCCAGAGGUUUUAGAACUUCUCCUGGACUAUGCGUACUCUUCAAGGGUCAUCAUCAAUGAAGAAAAUGCAGAGUCCCUUUUGGAGGCAGGUGAUAUGUUGGAAUUCCAAGACAUUAGAGAUGCUUGUGCAGAAUUCUUAGAGAAGAACCUUCAUCAUACCAAUUGUCUUGGCAUGCUUCUUCUGUCGGAUGCUCACCAGUGUACCAAACUUUAUGAGCUCUCUUGGAGGAUGUGCCUUAGCAACUUCCAGAUCAUCAGUAAAAGUGAAGAUUUUCUUCAGCUUCCAAAAGACAUAGUUGUUCAGCUGCUCUCUAGUGAAGAAUUAGAGACUGAAGAUGAACGAUUAGUUUACGAGUCUGCCAUGAACUGGAUUAACUAUGAUCUAAAUAAACGUCACUGUUAUCUGCCAGAAUUAUUGCAGACUGUGAGACUGGCUCUUUUGCCAGCCAUAUAUCUAAUGGAAAAUGUAGCUACUGAAGAGCUUAUCACCAAGCAAAGGAAAAGUAAAGAGAUUGUAGAAGAAGCAAUCAGGUGCAAAUUGAAGAUUCUGCAGAAUGAUGGUGUAGUCACUAGUUUAUGUGCUAGGCCUCGAAAAACGGGGCAUGCCUUAUUUCUACUGGGAGGCCAGACUUUUAUGUGUGACAAAUUAUAUCUUGUUGACCAAAAAGCAAAGGAGAUCAUUCCAAAAGCUGACAUCCCAAGUCCAAGGAAGGAAUUCAGUGCAUGCGCAAUUGGCUGUAAAGUCUAUAUUACUGGUGGCCGAGGAUCUGAAAAUGGAGUCUCUAAAGAUGUUUGGGUAUAUGAUACACUUCAUGAAGAAUGGUCCAAAGCAGCUCCAAUGCUAGUUGCUCGGUUUGGCCAUGGUUCUGCUGAACUCAAACACUGUCUAUAUGUUGUAGGAGGUCACACAGCAGCCACUGGUUGUCUUCCAGCCUCUCCCUCAGUAUCCUUAAAACAAGUAGAACAGUAUGAUCCUGUGACUAACAAAUGGACAAUGGUUGCCCCACUUCGAGAAGGAGUAAGCAAUGCUGCUGUAGUCAGUGCAAAGUUAAAACUCUUUGCUUUUGGUGGUACCAGUGUCAGUCAUGAUAAGCUUCCAAAAGUACAAUGUUACGACCUGAGUGAAAACAGAUGGACUGUACCAGCCACUUGUCCUCAGCCAUGGCGAUACACAGCCGCAGCUGUUCUCGGUAACCAAAUUUUUAUUAUGGGUGGAGACACUGAAUUCUCUGCUUGCUCAGCUUAUAAAUUCAACAGUGAAACUUACCAGUGGACUAAAGUGGGAGAUGUGACAGCUAAAAGAAUGAGUUGCCAUGCUGUUGCAUCUGGAAACAAAUUAUAUGUUGUGGGAGGCUACUUUGGAAUCCAGAGGUGCAAAACAUUAGAUUGUUAUGACCCCACGCUUGAUAUGUGGAACAGCAUAACCACAGUGCCCUAUUCGCUAAUCCCAACUGCAUUUGUGAGCACAUGGAAACAUCUCCCUUCUUAACUGCAUGUGUGUCUAUACAGUUUAUUGCAUUAUAAUGCUGAAUAAACCUUGGAACCAACUGUGGAGAAGUGGUUUUGAUGAAGACAUUUCUUUUUUGAAUUUGAAGAAGAUACCCUGCACCUUCUAGAUUCUUAAAAGUUGGAAAUGAAGGAAUGGGAGUGGGAAUAUUGUUUUCGGUAUAUCAGCACAUGGUUUAAUUAUGAAUGAAUGAACCCAUGGUCGGGUCCUUGUGUUAGUAAUUGUGGAUUAAUGUCAAGUUUAAUAAUCCUUUCAAAGGGGAGGGGAGGUGGGGGGGGAAAUGAACUUUCCAGAGCUGCAUAACACAGCACAACCCUCAAUUUUCAUGGACUUUGCUUUUUGUGUGCAAAAUUUGAAAUGGUUGUCACCUCCCUUUGUGACAAUUUGAAGUGUCAACAGCAGCUGCAAAGGAAGCGGACAAGGCCUGGUUCAGCAAGAUGUAUCUCUUUGUGAAUGAAGAUACAGCUCUGCCCAGGGCAAUGAGCUUUGUCCUAGGCAGUGCCGGGAGCAUCGGUUUCAAUUGGUGAGCUGCGUUGUAGCUCUUGAAUUACUUUCUUAGGGAGCAGCAGCUCAAUUAUUAAAAAAAAAAUUAUUCCCCCCAGCGUCUAUGCGAAAGAGAAUGACUCUUGUUCCCUACAUACAUGCAAUUUAUUUCUUCUUGUAUUUAUUAAUUAUGACUGUCCUGCUUCUAAAUUGUUACUUGUUGUAGAUACAGCUAUUUAUUGUUCAGUGCUUGCAUGCUGAAACAAUGCCUGGAGUAAUUUUCAAGUUAUAAGGGCUUAUAGGACUCUUAUGUUUUGCACAUUCUGUGAUUUCUGACUUGCUGUGCUGCACAGAAAAAAAGCUAAAUAAUAUUUGAGAGUUGGGUAGGGGUCAGAAAUGGAAGGAUUUUAAAUUGCAUAUGUACUGAAGGACAAAGCCAUGGAGGUUGUUUUCUCAAGCCAUUGACUCCCUAAAUUACACGUGUGCCCUGCUGAUAGUAUUUCUGUUACACUUUAUUUGCCUAGUCAUGCCUUUUGAAUGAAAACAUCUAGAAAGAGAGACAAUAGGUUUUGUAGCUUUCUUUUUGUGCAGCCUCAUCACUAUUGGAAAGCAGACUGGAGGGAAAUUCUACAGAACCUUUUUUUUUCUCUAGAAUCUUUCCAAUAUGAGAUACCCAGUUUUGUUUUGUUUAUUUAUUUAUUUAUACCUGAUGGGAUUUUUAAUGUGCCAUUUAUAUGACCAGGGGAAUUUUAUUCUCUUUAAGAGAUGGGAAACCCUAGGGGGGAAAGAGUUAGUUUCUGUUUAAAUUAACACCAAUUCUCUUGGUUUAUCUUCUUGGAUUACAUUGGAAUUAAAACCCAUUCUCCCCUCCCUCAUCUGUUUUUUAAUAUAAUAUUAUAUCUAUAUUAUUAGAUAUAAUAAUUAGGAUGGUCAAUGGGGGAGCAGGGAGUUACUAAAUUCAUUUAAUAUAUUGUUUUGCAUUAAUUAGCAAUCUGAGCUUUCAGAGGAAUAGUAGCUGGAAGUAUCAUAUGUGGGAUCUUGAUCAAUUAAAGGAUUUUUAAAUGUCCUACACCACCAACUUAUUUUUUGGCUUGAAUGUAAAAGUAAACCUAUUCAGUCUUUCCUGGUGUACUUAGCCCAUAGUUCCUUUGUUUAACUUUCUAGUUGUGCUUCUCAUAAGAAUUGGUACAGCCAAACAAUAUACUGCUACCAGUCUUCCAUUGUGGUUGGUUGUCUUAAUGUUGUGUAAGCAAAUUGUUUUGAAAUGCAUGCAUGCAUGCUUGUAAAGAGUUAUAAUGAUCACGUCUGCUUACAUUUUGAUAAUGUAGCUCAAUUCUGACAGUUUACUGUAAAGAACAAUUUGUGUUCAUGGCACAGUCCUAUAUAUGUUUACUCAGAAGUAGGUUUUAAUGUCUUAACUUGGGCUUACUCCCCAAUAAACAUGUUUUAGGAUUGUAACCAUCGGCUUUAGAGAGCUUUCUCAUGUUGCCGUAGGUUUUUUCCCCCCCAAUUCUCAAUAUAUAUGCAUUUCUUAUGUAUUAUCAAAAAUAAGAAAUGAAUGUAUGUGAAGUUUUUCAAAUUGUUAGUUGUGGUUCUUAGCAUGGGUAGCAGAGAGGAUUGAAAGAAAGUCUGAAUUAUAAAACACAUAAACAUUGUAUUGUGAACUUCUAUUGAUUUGUACAUUGUUGACUGAAGUCUGAUUUCUUUGGUCAAUUUGACCAAAAAAUAUUGGUUAGUUGCCUUCACUUAAGAAUAAUUCUGCUUCUGAACUCUGAAUUAAAUAUCCAAGAGUGAAGUUAUAUUAAUAUUCAUUUCACUGAGAUGUUUGACAAACCAGUACAUUACCUGUGCAAGUUAAUGCACAGAGUACAGCUGCAUUAAUUUAAGGCAAAUUGGGGAAUCUAAAAAAAAGCUAUCACAAAGCUCAUAUAAAGUUUGUAUAAAGCCCUGCCCGCAAAUUCUCUCCAAAUAUCUCUUCACGUACAUUAGGAUUGGAGGUGUUAUUGCUCCUAUAACAUACAUGCAAAUAAAGCAAUUGUAAGUGCUAGCACUAUAAGUCCUUUUGCAUUCACUCUAUAUAGGAAUUAAUGGCUAUUUUUGUGUGUAUGUGUAGAAGGGUGAAAACAUAGUGAGAAAUGACAGAAUUCUAUCUGCACUUCUCCAUGGAAUCGUUGAGCUUAUACCGUAAACCUGUUUUGUAAUACCAUCCAAUUUCCUAAAGUGUCUGAAGUUUUUGCAGUUACAUUUCAAAGCAGUAGCUUGCUUUCAAGUGCUUGGUUUUACUUCACGGGUAUAGACAGAAGGGAAUGGAAAAUCAGGGUGGGCCUCUAGCCCUGCAGGCGAAUAUUUUGAGCUCUUACUCUUUGAAUCAGCAUGGGAAUCUUGAUUCGCUACUUGGUGAUUUCCAGUCUGAAAAAAUAGCCCACACUUCUGAGACAAAUGCAGUUCACAUAAGAGUGCACACAAAAACCUUGGCAUAAGACGAGAAAGUUCUUCGUAUUUUGUGGGCCAGUUGCUGUGGAAACGUUAAACAAAGGACAACCUACCACUUCUGGUAUAAUUGUGUAGCCCCUUUUCUUUAGGCCUGACACCUGUCUGAAUAAGAGUGAUUAGAACUGAAUAGUGUCCCUUGUCUGGCAACUGAAGAUGCAGUUCACGUACAAAAAUAAGUGAAGUAAAAUGUCUAUGUGUUUUUUUGUAUGCUAUUACAUUUUGAAGUUUUGUAAAACUGCAUUUUUUUCACAAUGUGAAACUGAAGGUCAAUAAAUUAUUAGAGAUUUUCUCUUAAA